UGUGAGAGAGAGAGAGAGUUCGCAAGCGUCUGCAACGUGAUGCACUGGUAUUUCAUCCAGGUGUAUGUCAGGCUUGUGACCUGUGUUCCUGCGUUGCCUGGGAUAGACUCAGUCUUAAAAGCAAUCUGUCUUAAACAACACGGACUAGUAUAGGCACAGACCGAUGCCCAUGAUUCAAAUAAGGACAUCAUCGCACACCUGUGGUACGUAUAUGGACAUAUGAUCGAGCAAUGACUGCUUCUGCACAGUCCUUGCUAUGUUAAAUAGCUGACGUCACGGAAUUCGUUACCGAGUUAUGCGUAGGCAUACACUUAAAUCACAUAUGAAUAAAUACAUGGGUGCAUUUUUAAAGGUGUCUGAAGCCACAUAUUAAGAUAUAAGCUAACUUUAAGACGCAAGCUAGCGCAAAGACAUUGCUUUGUCCGUAAAGAAUAAAUGCCAAUUCUUCGGCCAGAGGAAUGUGUCAGUUUUCUUAAACGGGGUGGAUUUUCUGCUUCGCCAGCAGUCGGGUGCCCCCCUCCCCUGUCUCCUAGAGGUCGGUGCUGGAAGGUGCCCUUCGACGAUCUUCGCCGUUUCUUCCGCACUUCGAAAGUGUGUCAGUGGGUUACAUCGACUCCAGCGCCGGGGCCGAGGGAGGAGCCCCUCAUCUGGGUCACAUGGUCGCCCGUGAACAUACUUCUCGGAACAGUCAGUGCUAGCAAGCUGAUGACAGAGAGGAGUUGCUACAACACGGCUCGGUGAUCGUUGUUUUCGCAGCGGGAGGGGGGAAAAGCCCAUUUAUAUAUAUUUUAAAUACAUGUAUUCAGGGCAGAAAUAAACAGCGAUCAUUUCCGAGAAGCCUCAGCGGAAGGAAGGAAAGCGGAAUAGGGUUUCCGACUGGCGUCUUCCCCGAUUGCUCGUGAAGGCGAACAAGACGGCACCCAUUUUAAACGUGCAAAGUUUUAAAGGUGGACAUGGAAUCGACAAAAGCUGGAGGUGUGAUCGCGUACAUCAGCUCCGCCAGCUCCUCCUCCAGCCCCGAGUCGUGCCACAGCGACAGCUCCAACGGCAGCUACCAGUCCUCCUCCCCCCCCCACAACUCCUUCCCCAGCUGGCGGCAGGCCAGGCCUGCGGAUGCCCCCCUCUCCAGCCCUAACCAAGCCCCCCAGCGGGUGCACAGCAACCCCAAGGCGGGACGCACCCCCUCCACCACCAAAUGCGGCAUCACGAAGAUCAACGGGCUGGUGCUACUGUGUAAGGUGUGCGGAGAUGUGGCCUCAGGGUUCCACUACGGCGUUCACGCCUGCGAGGGCUGCAAGGGCUUCUUCCGAAGGAGCAUCCAGCAGAACAUCCAGUACAAGAAGUGCCUUAAGAACGAAAGCUGCCCCAUCAUGCGGAUCAACCGGAACCGGUGCCAGCAGUGCCGCUUCAAAAAGUGUCUGCUAGUUGGCAUGUCCCGCGACGCUGUUCGUUUCGGCCGCAUCCCCAAGCGAGAGAAGCAGCGCAUGCUGCUGGAGAUGCAGAGCGCCAUGAACAACAUCAUGAACAGCAACCCGAUGCACGGCCAGCUCCAUGACAACCAGGCCCCGCCCCUUGGGAGCCAGGCCCCACCCUGCCCCGAAAUGACCCCAGAGGACCCCAGCCCCUCUCCUUCCUCCUGCUCGCCCGUGUCUUCACCGCGCUCCAGUCUGCAAGAGCCUGGCCCGGAGCCUGAGCCCCAGGUCAUCAUGGAAACCUCUCUCAGCUCCGCCUCGGACAGCGGCGAGGAGGAGGUCAUCGGCUCGGUGACGAGGGCGCAUCAGGAGACCUUCAUGUACAACCAGGAUCGGUCCAGCCCGCCUGCACAGUCCACGCCCACCCUGGCUUUCACCAAGAUGGCGGUACCCAGUGGCGACGGUGUUGGUACGGGGGGGAAGCCGGAAGCUCAGAGCCUCCAUGCCAACCACACCAGCAUCUCUGGCAGCUACCUGCCUCAUGGCACCCAGAGGUCCAACGGGGGCUACGCCUUGCUCAACUACUGCCCAGUAGGGCAGCCCAGCAGCUCCCCCGUGGGUCACUGUCCAGCCUACGCCCACGGCCCAUCCAACAGAGCAGAAAAUGCCAACGAGACCAUGUCUGACGGCUUCAGUGGGCCAGUGUGGAAUAGAGGAAACAGGAUGCACUUGGUGUGCCCCAUGAGCAUGUCGCCCUAUGUUGACCCGAGGAAGUCUGGCCACAGCAUCUGGUUGGAGUUCUCCAUGAGCUUCACGCCGGCCGUGCGGGAGGUGGUGGAGUUUGCGAAGCGGAUUCCCGGCUUCCGCGAUCUGUCCCAGCACGACCAGGUCAGCCUGCUGAAGGCUGGCACGUUCGAGGUGUUAGUGGUGCGCUUCGCGUCGCUGUUCGACGCCAAAGAACGCACCGUGACGUUCUUGAGCGGCAAGAAGUACAGCGUGGAAGCGCUGCGCACUAUGGGCGCCGGAGACCUGCUCAACUCCAUGUUUGACUUCAGCCAGAAGCUGAUGGCCUUGAACCUGACCGAGGAGGAGAUGAGCCUCUUCACUGCUGUUGUCCUGGUGUCUGCCGACCGCUCGGGCAUCGAGAACGUAAACUCGGUGGAGGCCUUGCAGGAGACCCUGAUUCGGGCUCUGAGGAGCCUGGUCCUGAAGAACCACCCCAACGAGGCAGCGACCUUCACCAAGCUUCUGCUGAAGCUGCCCGACCUCCGCUCCCUCAACAACAUGCACUCCGAGCAACUCCUGGCCUUCAAGGUCCACCCCUGAGGUCACGGGCCACAUGGUUCCUGUCUCCCCCUUCCCUACUCCUGAAAACGUUCUUUUUAAUUGCACAGACUUUGUGCUCUUUCCUUCACAAGUCGAGAUUGUGGGCAUAAAGGACCACGGGGCGGGGAAACGUAAAUCAUUGUACUGUAAGGCUUUACACGCCUGUGUUUGUAGAACAAGCACACACACGCACACACACACAUUCACACGCUGCGUCUGUGUGUGCGUGGGUGCGGGCGUUUUGGAAGCACCUUUUAUAUCGUUGAGACAUAGUAUUAUUGCAUCGUUAGUGCAAUAUAUGACCCGUUCUGUCUUCUGUCGUUACUGUCGUCAUGGGGUCUGUUUUUUUUUUUUUUUUUUUUUUUUUGGAGAUAGGACUGUUAUUUCUGUUCGGCGUAUCACAAAGGACCCGCGUUUGGCCGAAGGCAGUGGGUAUUUAGUGACGCGGCUGCUGCAUGAUAAGGAACCUCUGUCUGAGGCCGAGGUCUCAGAUCUCUCUGAGUCCGUGCUCAAAAAAAAAAAAAGGGGUGAUCCCGACCAUGUUUAGAAUGUGGAAUUGCUGCUAAUGCAUGGCUGUUUGUGAUUGGUCGGUGUCGGCGCCUCCUUGGUUGCUGGGGGAGGAGUCGGUCCUUUUUGAUGUUUAAUCAGUUCCUUAAUUUUAAUUUUUAAUCCUCCUCCUUCUCCCUCAAACUUAUUUAAAGAAAAAGGCACUCUAUAUUUCAGUUGUAGCUAAUGGUGCAGUUGUGUGCGUAUGAUAACUCUAUAAUUGUAACGUGGGGUAUUUUGAAAGCAGUGAAAAAAACGUUCAGAUUGUCAUUGUGCGACUUUGGUGAAUCGGCAUCCGCCCAGUCGGGGCUGAGAGCCGUCCCCUUGCCGCAUUAACGCCGCCCGCCACCAAAUAUGGCGCCGAUUUCUGAAAUCGCUGGACUGCUUCCAAGUUUGACUGUAUAAAACAAUUCUACACAAAGCCUAACUUAGCUUAAUUUCUCGCAUUCCCCUUUGCUUGGGGGCACUAAAACGAUAUGGGAACAUGCCAGAGAGCAGAAUGGGAUGGAUACAUGUGACUGCCCCCUUGUGGUCAGCACAAGAAUGGCGGUAUCAUUUUCACUACAACGAAUGUAAAGAUAACGCUUUUACAAUCUGCUAAUGUGACCAACAGCACAGCAAACAGAGGAUAAAGGGACAGAUCAAAAGCGGUCAGGGGAGGAGGAUGAGGAGCAGGAGUGUAAAUGCUGCAUAGCAGUUUCAAAGACCAGCCCUGAUAUGGAGUGUAGUGACAGCCCCGCUUACCAGUCACCCAGCUGAUAUGUCUAUCUUUGAACCUACUGUAACAUAAUCAUCGUCUGAAUCGUUCAGACGAUACAAAGCAAGCGAUUGCAAGGAAGUGAACGAACGGAAGGAAGCGGUGGGUGGAUGGCGGGGAGUCGGGGCGUAGUUGACGGACCCGCAUGUGUUCUGUUCUUCUCACCUCUCCCCAGCAGAGGGAGCACUUCGCGCUGUGCCGUUAUUUUUCUGUUCAUGUAAUAUGUAAAAUGCUAAACUGUGGUCUUAGUUUUUUUGUGAAAGCAUAUACUUAGAUUUAUAUAGAUAUAUAUAUAUAAAUAUAUAAAUAUAUGCAUAUUAAUAAACAUAUAUACUGAAUCAUAUGCUGGGAAACUUUAUUCACAAAUGUGUAUUAUGUACUCACAUUUUAAAGAGUGAAAUUCUGUUAUACAUCUAAUAUACUCACAUUUAAUACACUCGCAUGGUUGAACAUGUGACACCUUUGGGUAAUUUAAUUUAUUACAGCCGAAGCCCAGACAGAGCGGAUCAAAACACGGCCAUUUGCAGGGCAAAGUAGCGUUUCCCCAUCUGACUAAAUUAAAUGAAUUAGUCAUGACAGAGCACAGACUGUUCUAUGUUGCACCGUCUAACGGUGAAAUAACAACAAAAAAUGCUUGCGAAUUGGAUCUUCACCGUCUUAAUGCGCAGCCAGCGGAGAGCCAUUUUACAAGCGCUGUUCUAUGUUACUUCACAAGUACCGUUUGUUCUCACCAAGUUAAAAAUUGGCUUUUAAACACUUUUUCCCCCCUCCUCCCGGCCAUCCGUAUAAAAGUGAAUAUUUUCCGGAGACGGCUGCCUGUUCUAAGGCUUGUAAGGCACACUUCGGGGGGUUGCAUUUUACUUUUAAUACCUUCUAUAUUUAAUAUAUUAAUUUCAAGGGCACGAGCAGCUUAAGAUUUACACAAACGAUUUGUACAAGAAGUACCUGUCUCAAUUUAAUUGCGGUUUAGACAUAUUAUUAAAAAGUGAAAUUUUAAACUGGCAGCAGAAUGACUAGUGAGUCGUUUUUUUUCUCAGCAGCAGAGGGCAGCGUACGAUUGCCCUGAGUUGUUCGGUUUAAAAAGAAUUUUUAGAGGGGGGGCGGGAUAACGUUCACAAUUUCCUUGCAGAACAGAAGACCAAUUUACACUGAGCUGCUGAACUGUUCUUGAGGCCAAAAAUUCCGUUUUCAGUGGUUCUUACCCAAGUUUGCUUAUACAUAUAUUCAGUAAAAAGCAAGCCUAACGGGGCGUUCAUGGCUCGUGGACACACUGCGCGUUUCCUCCAUGCAUUCUAUAUACAUUUUAAACAUCUAUUUUUACCGUCCCCUAUUAUCUGCUGAUAUGCUGGUUAUAACUUGUGUUUGUGGUAUAGUGGGAUAUGUAAUUAACAGAAGCAAAAUUAAAGCAUUAAAAUGGUUAAA